CUGAUGACUCAUCUCCUUCCCGGCCCUUUCGAUUUCCGGUCGUCGUCUCCACACAAAAUUCUGCAAGAGUAGUGCAGGCAGGACCUAUUACUCGAAAGGAAAGUUGCUCCGCUAGCUCCCUCCCAGAACUCUCUUCCAGUCACCGAUACACACACUAGCCCAUGUCGUCCACCGCUGGCCGUAGCAAGCCGUCGGGAUCCGCUUCAGCGAUCGUCGCCGACGUCGCAAGCGGGUACCACAUCCUCAAGGUCAGCGGCUACUCGCGCACCAAGGGGACUCCGACGGGGGAGCUGAUCAAGUCUCACCCCUUCACGGUGGGUGGUCACCGCUGGUGCAUCCAAUAUUAUCCCAACGGAGACUCCUCCGAGUGUGCAGAUUACAUCUCCCUUUAUCUUUGCCUUGAUGAAAGUGUCACCGACGCCGCGGUGAAGGCACAAUUUAAGUUCCAUUUCAUCGACGAUGUGGAGGAGGAGGACCAAACACAGGCGUUGACAACAGUAUCCGUGAGAAGCUUCGAGAGCAACCAAAGCUGGGGCCAUCGAAGGUUCAUCAAAAGGGAGGAUUUGGAGAAAUCCAAGCAUCUCAAGGAUGAUUCUUUCGUGGUCCGCUGCGACAUUGCCAUCGCCAACGAGUUGCGCACCGAGGAGGUGGCCAUGGCCGAAGCUCCUACCACGACCUUCGUGUCCGUGCCCUCAUCUGACUUGCAUCAACACCUUGGCGAUCUCCUCCAGACAGAGAAGGGUGCCGACGUGGUGUUCGAGGUCAGCGGCGAGACGUUCAAGGCGCACAGGUGCGUGCUCGCAGCAAGGUCACCGGUCUUCAGCGCAGAGCUCCUCGGCCAGAUGAAGGAGAGCGACACCACCACCGCAGGCGUCGUCGUCGGCAUAGACGAGAUGGAGGCACACGUCUUCAAGGCGUUGCUCUCCUUCAUUUACACCGACUCGUUGCCGGCAGAGAUGUUCAUGGAAGAUCAAACUGCCAUGUCCCAGCAUCUGCUUGUCGCUGCGGACAGGUAUGGCUUGGAGAGGCUCAAGCUCAUCUGCGAGCACAAACUCUGCAGUUGCAUAGAGGCGACCACUUUGGCAACUAUCUUGGUGUUAGCAGAGCAGCACCACUGCCACGGGCUCAAGAAGGCGUGCUUCAGCUUUCUCAGCUCUCCGACAAAUCUUGCUGCUGUCCUUGCAAGCGAUGGCUUCGAACAUCUGAAUACAAGCUGCCCUGCUGUUAUAAAGGAGUUGAUUGCCAAGCUUGGUACCUAAAUCAAUUUUUGGUACUUAAUUUUCAGAAAUCGUCCUAAUAAGUAGUCACUGUAUUCCAGACUUCUGUUAUUGUUUAAUCUUGCAAUUGUCUACUAUUCUGGGUACUGUGUAUAGUAUCUGCAAAUUAAAUACAGUUUCGCUUUUAUUUUAUCCCUGCA